AUGGAUGAAUAUUUGCCUUUUGUAUUGCAAAAGGCCGAGGAAAUUAAGGAUAGUGAGAAGGUAAUUAAGCUUUACACGAGGGAUUGUCCUUACAUUGAUGAAGAUGGUAACGGGUUUUGGGGGUCCAUUACUUUGGACCACCCAGCCAGCUUUGAAACCCUGGCUAUGGAGCCAGAGAUGAAGAAGGCCAUAAUGGACGAUUUGGAGAGGUUUUUAAAGAGAAGAGAUUAUUACAGGAGAGUUGGGAGGGCUUGGAAGAGAGGGUAUUUGUUGUAUGGCCCGCCCGGAACAGGAAAAUCAAGCUUGAUUGCAGCCAUGGCUAAUCAUCUGAAGUUUGAUAUUUAUGAUUUGGAGCUCACAAGUCUCCACUCCAACUCUGAAUUGAGGAGGAUUAUGAUUUCUACCACCAACAGAUCCAUAGAUCCAUUAUUGUGA